AUGAAGUUAGAUAUGCAGAGAAUAUGGAAGAGAAACCUAGGUAGAGAUGAUAGAUGCAUCGCUGAUAAUGGCAAAGAGGCUAGGUUUCCUUUUCUGGAUGAAAAUGUAAUAAGGAUACUGCUUGAUAUUCCACUAUGGGAGAUUGCAGACCUUGGCCAACCAAGUGGAGUUGGUGAUAAGAUCUUGAGAAAGAUCUUGGUCAAUUUUCUGCAAUAUAUGAAUCCUGUUUUCCAGUUGUUAAAAAAGAGUGGGAAAACUUUUGUAUUAACUUUUACACUUAAUUCUUACAUUGUUACAAAAGAGUGGCAUGUUGUUGUUCGUGUUGACUAUAUUCCUUCUCGUGUUGACUUACCUUCUUUAGGCCAUGGGAAAUAUGUUGAACUUGUUAAUCCAUUUCAAUGGAAGUAG